UGCUGGCUACAUGAGCAUGAUCCUGGAUAGGGGGGUGCAUGGGUGAAACAUGGCCGACCCAUCGGAGUCUCCCAAACGACCGAAAUCCCCUGCGGAGGAGGUGGACACAUCUGGGGGGAAGACCGAGGCCGAGGAUACAGGAUGCAUCUCAAAUCCGAUGGAUGAAGAGACACACAAUGAUCCCGCUGAGAGCCCCGACACUGAGCAGAGACCCAGCGUGGGGAGAGACGGUAGUGCCCGCCAUCCUGAGGUUAGUGUCGAGUCCGGGGCUGGAGCCGGAAAAAAUACAUGUAAUCCAGCAGAGCAGGCGGAAAAAAUGGCCGAGGCUCGUGUAAACGACCAGCCGUUUUACGUCUGGUCCGAAACGGAAGACGGCGAUGCAGAGGAGAAAAUACACAUGGAUGCAGAUGAUAAGUGUGACCCCAAAAAUGUACCAGAGAGUGAUGGAGGGGUGCAGCAAGAUACACAUGUUGAUGAUAAUAUUAAAAAGGAUGCAACUGAGGAGAAAACACCCCAUCCUGAUGAGAAGAGCCAAGAGAAGCGACUGACUGAGGAACCUGUGGAAGAAGUUAUCAAGAGAGUGGGUGUAAUUGAUGAAGAGGCAGACCAAGACGAUAGUGCUAAUUUGACAGUUAAACCCAAAAAGGGCCGUUUGCAGUGCAAAGAGUGUGGCAAGAGAUUCACCCGGCGCGAGACCUUCAACCUUCACCGUCACUUUCACGCACAUGAGGAUGAGCUCACUCCACUCACCUGUAAAGAAUGCGGCCUUACCUUUCAGCACCGCAGAAGCCUCAUCAAACACAAAAUUGAACACAAAAAGAAGGAGGAACAGCUUGCUUCUCCAAAAAAGGAGGAGGGUACAUUUAAAUGUGCAGAAUGUGAGAAGGUGUUCUCCACAGUGGAUAAGCUGAGGGACCACAACUGCUGCAAUACAGCUGAAAAGCCUUUCCGCUGCCCCCUGUGCCGCCAAGAGUUCCAGCUAAAGAUGGCGGUCACCAAGCACAUGGUGCUCCACUCCUGUGAUAGCAUCUAUACAUGCCAAGAGUGCAGCCUAAGUUUCCCAGACAACAUGGCACUGCGCUACCACAGGCGAUCUCACACCGGCCUGAAACCCUAUGAAUGCCCAGAAUGCGGCUUGGUUUUUAAACACUACUCUGUCAUGGAAGAUCACCGCCGCAAGCACGCGGAUAAUGCACGCUCUCACUUGUGCAACAUCUGCGGCAAGACUUUCAAGUACAGCAGCCUCCUCCAUCAACAUCAGUAUCUGCACACAGGCCAGAAGCCCUUCCGCUGCCCUGAAUGUGGUAAAACAUUUGCCUUUGCACAAAACAUGAAGGCACACUGCCGCCAGCACAGACUGCGCCAAACCAACUCCUCAACUGAGCAGCCCAGCAAGCCGGCGUCCGCACAGGAGGCAGGGAGAGGGCCGGGUAAAGAGAACAAACACCAGAGCGAGGAACAAAAAGGCACAUUCAACUGCCCCCUCUGUCCCCUGACAUACCUAAUACCAGCUGACUUGAGAGCCCACAUGCUUAUUCACGAAGCCGAGUAUGAAACGCUGGAGAGAACCCCCAGACCCCCAAAUGGGAAAAGCAACCAUUGGGACAUAGGAUACACCUGUCCCCACUGCCCAAGCAUUUUUCGUGAGGAAGCCAGUUUAGAUCGUCAUAUUAGGAGUGGACACGAUUCUGUAGCUAAAUAUUUAGAAAAGGCGGCAACACCGCCUCAAAUUCAAUAUACUCCAUUAAGCAGUGAUAAUGUACAGGGGAAAAAGGCAAGUGAUGGCGUAAUCAAUACGUUUAAGUGUUUAGAGUGUGGUAGAACCUUCCGCCACUCCUCAGUGUUAGAGCUGCAUAUUCGCGUACAUUCCAAGGACAGGCCUUACAAGUGCAGAGUGUGUGGCAAGGGCUUUAGAUUUAGUAGCUACUUACAGCAACAUCUCAUCAUCCAUACAGGCAAUAAGCCAUACACAUGUCCAGACUGUGGAAAGAAAUUUGCUUUCCAGCAGAACAUGAAAACGCAUCAAAAGCUGCAUCAGGAAAAACCGUUCCGCUGCACCAGCUGCCGCAAAGGCUACAGCGACGAGACCCAACUGCAGCAUCAUAUGUUAUCACACAAUGGUGACAAACCUCACAAGUGUAACCAGUGUGACAAGAGCUUUGGGUUAGCCUAUCUGCUCCGGGAUCACAUUAACACACACACAGGGGAGAGACCUCAUCGAUGUGAUGAGUGUCACAAAACUUUUUCUUGGCUUAGUAGCCUGCUAGUACACCAAAAGAUCCAUUCUCGCAAACACCAGGGUUUGAACCAGUAUAAUUCUUUCCCGAUGGGUGCUAGGAUUAGAGGCAGGGGUAGCAGGGGGAGGAGAGGGGGGACCCACAGGUCCGAACCAGUGGGGAGCUCUGGGCCUCAGCUGUCUCCGUAUUCAGUUUCUGCACUGAGCGAUGCCGAGUUGAACAGAAGGGUGGUCCAGCCACAGGAGUCGAUGCUCUCGUCACACAUGGAUGUACAAAAGGAGCCGUGGCUGCCAGAGCUACACCCACAACCAGUGCAGUGGAAGGUGGAUGGCGGAGAGGUAAUGCCUGUACCACAGCAGCAACACGCAGCACCUCAGCAGAACCAGUUUGACAGCCAAUCAAAUCAGGGUCAGCAGCAGCACCAUCAGAGAGGUCCAGACUGGCCCGAUAGCCCUUUGAUAACUCAGUCAGGCCCCACAUCUGCUCUGAGUUCCGAGUCAUCUCACAUGAUGGACAGUGCACCUGCUAUUGUCAGCUCCCACAUGGUAGCUGUGCCAAAAAAAUCCAGCCCUUCCACAGUGAGUGAGAUAGAGCAGCAAAGGCUGCCCAAGCCCGUUAUUUGGAGUAGCCCGCCCACCUCCACAGUGCUGGCUUCCACAAGCUCUCUGCAACAUGGUUUUUCUACUCCGUUGUCUUUCAUAGACGGCAGGGCUCUGUGGAGCAUCAGACCUGCUCUUCUGGCAAAUUCACAAAGCUCUCCAAAUAAGCUGGGUCAAGAGCUUCAACUACCAAUAUGGGCAGGUGUCCCAGUGUCAAUACAAAAGGAGCCAUCCACACAUACUAAAAAAGAGGACACUAGAGUGUGGGACCUAAUUAAUCCUCAAGUUAUACCGUCGACUGUUAUUCAUCCAGAGAAGCCAUGGAACGGCUGUGAGCUGCCAAAGCAGUGGGUUUCAGGCUUACCAGGUGUCUCCACCUCAGCUCAGAUAGACCAAAGCAGUGCUAUGCCAAUUUCAACUCCUGUUUCCCACGGGGUAGGUAGCACCUUGUGGGACUUACAGACACCACCAGGAAUUCCAAAGACUAUAAACCCUGAAAAAUUUGUAAAUGCUCAAGAUUUUCAGCUGCAGCAAAAGCAGGUGUCAUCCGCCUGGGCCAAUGUGCAGAGUCAGACAACGACACAAAAGGUUCCGCUCUCUAUUCAAUACGAGCCUCAUCGUUUUGGCCAGGGGUUGGGAACGCAUGUAUGGGGCUUCCAAAGUAAUCAAACGCUGCUCACUGGGCAACUUAAACCAGGGACUGGACAGGAGCUGCAGCAACAGCCAAUGGUAACAGCCACUCAAAUAAUCAUAAAUCAGCCUUCUCCUUUCUUCUCGGCUCCCCUUGCUCCGCUCCCUCCUCUCGCUCUACCUGGCCCACACCCUCUUCACUCUGUCGCAGUUGGCUCACUCUCAAGACCUCCACACCCAAAUAUUUUUUUUGCACCACAGGCAGUAAUGAGCGAGAGGCCACACAUGCCACAGACCCUGCCCCUACCUCAGCUCGCCCAACGGACAGAAACUCACAAACUUGGCUCCCGUUUGCCUUUUGCCCAAGAACGGCUUCUCCAGUGCAUGAUAUGCGGGUGCUCUCUUCCCCGGGAGCUGGAUCUACAAAUGCAUUACAUGCAACAUGCACAAGGAGAAAUUUGACCGUUCUAUACUACCAACAAUUCUUAGUUUGUUUUAUCAUUUUAAUUUAGUGGAACCUCGUUUAUUUCACCAUUUGUGUUGAUUUGCUAAUUGAGUGGAUGGGCAUUAGAAGAAAACAAGCAAGUGAAACUUGAUUUAGUAUGCACACUGAAAUCACGGUGAAAUACUUUUAGCUCCAAUUAAGCCUGCGCAGUGUUGUCUGUGAUAUAGGGUGUAUACUAGUCCCAUUUCAAUUAGUUUCACUGUCUUUAUACAUUUGUUAGUCAAAUAGUUAACUGGGUUAAACAACUUCUGAGGGUAGCAGAUAAAUGAGGUUCUACAGUCUACAUUUCAUUUGUUGCCAAUGACCUUUAGAUUUAGAUAAUAUUAAUACUUUUAAGGCUCUAUUCAUAUGCCUGAACCAUUUGAACUGUGUUUCUUCAUGUACAGUAUACUGUGUGCCUUUUUUUAUGAGUACAGUCUGCAUGUCUGCUGUCUUGGUAUUUUAGGCCUAGUUUGUGCUUAAGGUAGACUCAGCAAUGUGACCUCACUCCGAAACACAGAGGAACUCUUUCUCAUAGUAAAGAAAUGUAGACAUUUUGCUUCUGAGGAGAGGAUUGGGUUGAUGGCUGGCUAUUGGCUGGGUCCAAAUAUCACAAAAGUUUUCAUCAUGACCAUUUGUUAAAGUGAUGAUUGGGAAAAGACAGAACAACGUGUCAUUAAACACAUAUUGAUAAAACGGUUGUCAGUUAGUGACAUUAUUAAAUCAAACUUGAAUUUGUGUGACUUUUGUCAUUAAUAUUUAUCACAAUGGCAACAAAAAAUUACACUGACAAAUACAAUGUAUAUUUUGCUCUGUGCAAUCAGUCCAGUCGAAUUCAUGACUGAUGUUCUUUAUAAUUAGACUACUGUUAACGGUUGAAUACCAUGUAAUGUGUAUUUCUGACCAGAAUGACUAUUUCAGAUUGGAAUGUAACCUAAGUCCACUUUUGAGUACAAUGCAAUGUAUUUUUUUGUGAAUACUGAAUGAUAUCAUUCCAUAACUAUAGAUUUAGCUGAUUACAGAAUUCCCCCUCCGUUGUGAAAAUGGGCAUUCGAGUAGGUUUGGUGGCCCAAAAAGUAAAUCUUCAUUACUACUGUAUAAUAAAUACAGUCCAUUUGUACAAAAAAAAAACCUGUUCCUGUUUUUCUUAACAUUCAAUGUCUUACGUUUCAAAAUCAUGUCCCCUUCUACCUCUAUCCACUGUUUUAGCAUGGAAAGAAUUAAAAUGUUCCCAUGAUGUCUACAUAUUGUAUUAAAUAAAACCUGCCUUUGACUACAA